UAUAUACUAAUACUAAUCUUAAUUAUAUAUUGAAUUGCAAAUCAUCAAUAGUGAUAAUACCAUGGAAGAUAUAAGUCAAAAAGAAUGGCUGAAUCUUAGUCUAGGACAUCAAAAUCUAGUUGAAAUUCCACCAUCAAAACCUAUAAGGGUGUAUACUUGCAACUUUUGCAAGAGAAAGUUCUAUAGUUCACAAGCAUUAGGUGGUCAUCAAAAUGCCCACAAAAGGGAGAGAGAUUUAGCCAGAAGAUCGACGACUAGCUUUCCGCUGAGUGAUUCAGUUAUGAACCGAUUACUCGGUGUUCAACCUCAUUCACUUUCUCAAACACCAAGCAAAAUCAAUGAAGAAAGUUCUGUAGCAGAUGGUGCCCGGUACUACUACAAUAUGGAUGAGCAGAAAUGGCCAGGAGGUUUUUAUAUGGGAAUCCAACAACAAGCUUCUACAAUGUCAGACCAGCGUUACAAUAUGCUUGAUUUGAACCUAAAGCUAUAACUUGGUAGUACUUUAUAUAUAUAUAUAUAGAUGCUUCUUUUUUUUUCCAGAUUAUUCAGUUUUCGUUAUAUUUUUGGGCAUGUAUGAAUUAAGUAAGAAGUAUCAGUAUGUGAGGCAUCUUUCUAAUAAAAAUAUGGUCAAGGCCGGCCUAGCUAGCUAUGUUACUUUUUCCCCCUUAUUUUCAAGGAUUGUGUAUGUAUGUAAACAUCGCAUUGUAUCACAA